CAAGAUGGCUGCAAGAUGGUAAAACUGAGUUAUAUUAAACUCGGGAAAGUGUUCUUCAUUGGAUGUUUAAAACAUCGCCGUAUUUAUUACCAUGGAGGCAUCAGCUAUCCACCGACAUCAAAACAUCAGAAGACUAAAAGGUCUUCUCUACAUCGAGAACAGAACACUCAGAUUCAAGGCGUUCUACCUCGUCUUCUUCUUCGGUUGUGGAACCUUAAGGAACUACCUCCCGGUGUAUUUCAGACAUAUUGGCCUCAAUGCAGUCCUUACUGGAGUAAUAACAGGAGUGAGACCGUUUACUGGGUUCAUAAGCGCGCCGUUUUUCAGUUUCUUAGCUGACAAGACUGGCUGCUAUAAAUCAAUUCUGUUGUUAUCGUUGGUCAUGAGUGUGCUGGCGUAUUUCUCGUUGUCGUUUGUUGCUUUUGUGCAACAGGCCAAGGAGGUUCAGCCGAUAGAACAUGUUAUUAAGUCGAAUAUUACGUUAUUGCAAAGAAAUUCUAUAAAAUUUUCAACUUCCUACACAACACGUGAUAGGGGUUUUUCAUUUGGAGGGAAUCACCAUGGCAACGACAGACUCAACUACCCAUUACCCAACCACACAAAUAUGGGCAUCACACAGCUGGACAGGUCAGGGAAAAACCCAAGGCAUGGACCUCAAUUUGCAGAUAGUGGAUUGUAUUACGCGAAUGAAAGCCUGGUUCCAUUGAAUGAUACGUCAAUAUUAAGCGAGAGCAUGAUAUUCUUUGCAAGUUUUGGGCUGAUCGUUAUAGGAGAUUUUUUCAAUGCACCAGUCGGCGCUAUAAUGUGUUCUACAAUCUUUUAUUGGGAAGGGAGUAGUCAGUUUGGUAAACAGAGGGUCUUCGGAGCAAUAGGUUUUGGACUGGGUAGUUUUCUUACUGGUAUGGCUAUUGAUAAAACUGUGGGAUUUAACUACUUUCAGUUGAACUAUCUCAAAAAUGAUGGCUCAAAUGAAUCCAAUCCAAACUACCUUACAGCUUUCUUUCUUUACCUUGGUGUGAACAGCAUUUUGUUAAUGUUUGUGAGCUGUGGGUUAGACGUUAGCAGGGAAAGUAAGUCAAAGAUUAUCAUGACCCAUGUUAAGAAGAUCCUAAGUAGAGGGAUGGUUGUGUGCUUUUUAAUCUACAUUUUCAUUAUGGGGGUUGUUGGUGGAACAAUUAUGCUGUUUUUGUUCUGGUUUCUAGAAAAUCUAGGUGCUUCGCAGUCUCUUUUAGGUCUGUCAAGUGCUAUAAUGAGCAUUUCAGAAGUCCCAAUUUUCCCUCUGUGCGCUAAAAUGAUCAAUGCAAUUGGCCAUGUUGGAGUGUUAUUCCUUUCCCUGACCUGUUCUAUCAUCCGCCUCACAUGUUAUACAUUCCUGCAAGACCCUUGGUAUGUCUUGUUGAUAGAGCCUUUACAUGGUAUCAGCUUAGCUGCUAUGUGGAGUACUUCAAUCUCAUUUGCCUGUGCUGUAUCAACACCUGAUGUUUACACCACAAUGGAAGGUGUCACCACCGGUUUCCACUAUGGCCUAGGGUGGGGCCUCGGUGCAGUCAUAGGUGGAGCCUUCUACAAUUUAUAUGGACCCAGAAACCUUUUCAGAUGGUGUAUACUCUUGUGCUGUGUUGGAUAUAUCUUUUUGGGAUUGGUUUAUAUCCUACAGAGAAAAGAUCACUCCUCUGUUAAUUAUUACAGACUAGACAAUAAUAGACAAGGUUCAGUGAAUGUUGAUGCUGAAUAUGAAGUCAUCUCUGGAGAUAUUUAUUUAAAUACCUCUAGAUAAUCAUAGAAAAAGUUCUAUUGAUGCUCAGAUAUGCUGGAUUGAAGUCAUCUCUGGAGACAUACAUUUAAAUACCUCUAGAUAAUCAUAGAAAAAGUUCUAUUGAUGCUCAGAUAUGCUGGAUUGAAGUCAUCUCUGGAGACAUACAUUUAAAUACCUCUAGAUAAUCAUAGAAAAAGUUCUAUUGAUGCUCAGAUAUGCUGGAUUGAAGUCAUCUCUGGAGACAUACAUUUAAAUACCUCUAGAUAAUCAUAGAAAAAGUUCUAUUGAUGCUCAGAUAUGCUGGAUUGAAGUCAUCUUUGGAGACAUACUAGAUAUAUAAUGUGAUCAUAAAAGUCCUAUCAACAAUGCUGAAAAGUUAUUUCUGGGGAACCUGGCUAGUUUCCACAGCCAUCUUUUUUGCAAAUAUAUACCAGGCAUUCAUUAUUAUAGAAAAGAUUUAUUAUUUGUUUAUUCACCUGAGAUUAAAUAAUAGGGACCUUAAGCUGCAGGACGGCAAUGUGGGCAACAACGUCAGCAAAAUUGAGGUGCUUCAACCUUUUAUUGUAUUAUUAUUUCAUGCUUGCCUAGUAUUUCACUCAAUAAGCACCCCUGUUUUAGAGUGAAAUGACGUCUUUUGGGAUCCCUUCACUUAAAACGAUAAGCUUUUGGCGUAGCCGUUCUCUUUGGUAUGUAAAAAUAGGACAUUUCAUGUCUUACUUUCAGCAGAAAACGGCAAUGAUGCUCAGUGCUUUGUACAUACCAACGAGUGUCUAUUAAAUAGCACAAUUAGUGCUAUUGUAUGCUUGCCAUCGUCUUUGUCAUGUCUGUCCUGCAGCUUAAGGAUGCUUAUGUUAGUUGGAAGUCAGUUAUAAUUCAGAAUUUUAAUUCACACCCCUCCAAACAAUGAUAAAACUCAAAACUUGUGAGAUUUUUUGAUUUGCGAAAGUGAUGCAAAAAUAUGCCCAAAGUAAAAGGUUUAUGUGUGACUAAUGACGAUCCAAAUAAAUAUAUGUGAUAAUGUU